AUGAGAACAGCUACUUUCUUGAUUGCUCUUGGACUGUUCGGUACAGCUCUUUCAGCUCCAAUCGCAGAGCCCAACUCUAAAUUCUUAUUUGCCAAAGAUCCUUUAUCAAUUCACAGACGAACGGUCCCGGAUGAAAGCAAUAUUCAUUCAGUGGAAGAUAUAAUCAUGACACCUGAAUUCCAAGCUGAAGUGGAAUCAUCAUCCUCUACGUCUUCAUCAUCAACAUCAUCAUCUUCAGGAUCAGGAUCAGGAUCAGAAGUCAAAGAAUCAUCAGAAUCAGAGAUGAACAUCACAUCUGAACCAUCAGAAGAUUCUUGUGCUGAGAUAUGUGGAAUCCAAAGAGUUGAAGGAGCGAAAUCUGAAAGAGAAGCAUUAUGUUCUUCAGAAGGUUUAUUAGCUACUCUCGAAUGCGCUCAGUGUAUUGAUCAAACUUGGCCCGAUACUUCUUAUGAAGAUUCAGCAAUGAACGAAUACGAAAGAAUAGUUUCUGCUUGUAACGAUUCUCCUCAACAGUGA